GUUUUUUAUCAUUUUUGAGGGGAAAGGGAAAAAAUUGAUUCACAAUAUUCUAAUUAGAUUUCCUUUUUUCUUGAGCCUCUGACUAGUGGGUUUCCUUGAUUUAUUUGAAUGCCGUGUUGAGACCAUAAAAUCAAACAAAAUGGGUUUUGCUGAGUAUAUUUAUAGAAUACCUGAAAAGUUCAGGGUUCUUAUCAUCUUUUCCCUCUUUACCAUGAAUAAUGGCUUUUCAUGGAUCAUGUUUGAUCCUGUCGCCGAAUGGCUGGAAAAAAAUGUUGAAGGUCUAUCAAAACGCCAGCUGGAACUGCUUUCGUCAUGGCAGCCUGUUGCUUUUCUGUGCAUGUGCAUUCCUGUUAUGAAGAUUGUGACGCAAUACGAUGGUCUACGUUUCUCGGUUUGCCUUGGAACACUAUCAGAAAUUGCUGGUGCGUUGCUCAAACUGAUUGGUAUUUUAACCCGCCAUACCAAGGCAGGCCUUGUUUUUCUACACAUCGGACAAAUAUUUAGUGGAUUGGGAUCUCCAGUUGCAACUGGUGCCGUGUCAGCUCUUUCCGCAACCUGGUUUCAGCCAAAGGAACGCACACGCGCUACUGCUGUUGCUAUUCUUUUCAACAGUGUAGGGAAUGCUCUUUGUUAUCUCGUUAUUCCUAUUGUAACUCAAAAACUUACUAUGGUAGCUGUCGUCAUUUACGAGCUGCUGAUUGCGAUUCUUGUCGCGACCCUUGCGUGGAUGUACAUGCCAAAGGAGCACUUGCAUAGAGACGAUCAGCAAAUGCAGUUUAGCUCGAGCUCUAAUGUAAAUAAUUUGCCCAAUGAUAGCACAGUAGAAGCACAAGGUAACGGGGAAAUCAUUGCAUGCUCUAAUGCUCACGUUUCCCUUCAUCGGCAGCUUGCUCAGCUUUUCCGUAUUCCCUCAUGUGUUCUCCUUUUGAUUGUGUAUGCUUGGCUUAGUGGUGGUUUUGCUGCCUGGAUCUCACUAUUUGCGGCGACUUAUAAUAAAUGGUUUGAUGAAACAUUUAUUGGAAUUAUGAGUUUUUUUGGAAUCUUCAUGUUUGUGAUUGGCGGUUUAAUCAUGUCGUGUCUAGUGGAUCUGUACUUUUCCCGCCAAAUGAAAUACGUAAUUUUUUUUUGUAUUACUAUGAAUAGCUUAAGUAAUCUCAUUUUUAUUUCAUGCACACCAAACGAUAAGGGCUUUGCCUUGUUGGAUAUGGGUAAGGGAUUCAUCGCUUUUUCGACUGGUUUAUGUGGUUUCUGGAAUGGUGCAGCAGCUCCACUAUUCUUCGAGCUUGUAGCAGAAAUAUCGUUCCCGAUUGAGGAGGGUGUUAGUGGAAUUUGUGUCUCUAUAAUGGAAAAUGUUGGAGCCCUGGUCUUUUAUCAGAUUAUUUCGAAGUUUUUUGAGGGCCAAUUCAUGACUAUCGCCUACUCAUUUGGUAUGAUAGUGGCAGUGGCUCUUUGUGCUGCCGUAAAGCAGCGUUACAAGCGAACAUAUCACACAUACGUCUAUGAAAUGGCGCAAUAUAGUUGAGGCCUUCAUACUUUUUAAUUCUGGGUCUUUCAUUGUGAUGUGCGUUCCAUGAUGUAAUAUGAUUGUGGGUGGUAGAAAAAUCUUUGUGGAUUCCUAAAAAAAAAAGGUUAAUAAUUCGCCUAUUUUUAGGAUGCACAAUUUAAAUAAUGAAUGCUUUCAGCAAAAUUAGAUUUUCUCACACGUAUAGCAUAAUACCCACGCAUUAACAUAAGAUCAUCCAUGGGUGUAGACAGCUUCAGAAUAAACAAAA